AUCCAUUUCCUUCAGAGUAAAAGGAUGAUAUCAGUGGCAGCGCUACCCAGUGCCACAUGCAAGAGCUUCUCCAUCAUCACCUCAUCAGCUUCCUCGACAAGGACCAAAAUGUCAUCUUUGUCCAUUCCUCCUCUUUCGGAUAAUCUGACCGUGCUAGGUUGCGGCGCUGCGGUGGUGGAUUUGUUGGCGGCUGUGGCUGCCUACCCCAAGCCCGACGAUAAAAUCAGGACCACCAGCUUGAAGGUUCAAGGAGGUGGGAAUGCGGCGAAUGCUUUAACUUGUGCGGCUCGUUUGGGCUUAAAACCUAGACUGAUUUCCAAGGUUGCAGAUGAUGCUCAGGGCAGAAGUAUAUUGGAGGAGCUACAAGCUGAUGGUGUUGAUACUUCCUUUUUCGUGGUUUCCAAGGAGGGAAAUUCACCGUUCACUUAUAUCAUUGUCGACAACCAAACGAAAACACGUACUUGUGUCCACACCCCAGGGUAUCCUCCCAUGAGACCAGAAGAGCUUUCUGAGUCGAGUUUGUCAUCUGCAUUAGAUGGAACUAGACUUUUCUAUUCUGAUGUAAGAUUACAUGAAACUGCUUUAGUUGUUGCUGAAGAGGCAGCUCGCAAGAAUAUACCUAUUUUAGUUGAUGCAGAAAAGAAAAGGGAAGGGUUGGAUGAUCUUCUGAAUUUUUCAGAUUAUGUUGUAUGCUCAGCAAAUUUUCCACAAGAAUGGACAGAAGCCCCAUCCAUUGCAAGUGCACUUGUUUCCAUGCUUUUGAGAUUGCCAAAGCUUAAAUUUGUGAUUGUGACCUUGGGUGAAGAUGGAUGCAUAAUGCUUGAGAGAAGUUUAAAUGAGAGUCCUGCGACGGAAGAAAGGGAUAUAGACAGCCUAGUAGAAUCACUGAAGCAAAGGAAGCACAAUGACAUAGCUAUCCCAACAUGUGUUUCAUCGUCAGUUACAAAAGUGAGAGCAAAUGGGAUAGGGACAGUGAAUGCAAGGCUGUUUGUGGGAACAGCUGAAAAGAUACCACCCUCAGAAGUUAUUGAUACAACUGGUGCUGGAGAUGCAUUUAUUGGAGCAGUUCUUUACGCUAUCUGUACCAACAUGCCACCAGAGAAAAUGUUGCCAUUUGCUGCUCAAGUGGCAGCUGCUGGCUGUAGAGCCUUGGGCGCCCGGACUGGUCUCCCACACCGCACCGAUCCUAGAUUGGCAUCCUUUUUACACUAAACUUUCUGUGAGUGUUACUGCUGCAACAUCAUUUCUGCAACAAAUGAGAAAAACAUAACAUUUUGUUUUUCUUCUUGAAGACACUGAAGAGCAAGGAUUUGGCAUGUAACAGGGAACAAUGUUUAACAUUGGCAAAAGAAAAGAUAUUGUAAUGUUUUCCAUGUUACAACGUUAAUUUUGAUGCAUAUUAAGAAAGAAUACUUUUUUGAUUGUUUCAA